CACGUAGAUUUUGUACUGACCAAUUACAGUCGAGUUUGUUGGUACAAAGGGUUGCCUGUUGGUUUCCACGGUAACGACUUACAAACAAAUGGAGGACAAAAACAUGGCUGCAAUGAGCCAGCGGCGCAUCAUGUCUCACAGCUUGCACGAGCGAGCAAUCGCAAAUUUCAGGCAACAGGAGGAGAAACGUGAGGAUCACAAGAGACGUGUGACCAAAGAUAAGCAAAUUCAUGCCAAUCUCAAAAAUGAAGAGAGAGUGGAGAUGAAAAGGUAUCUGCGCACAUUGCAAGAUGAGGAGUACGAGAGACAAAUGGAGGAAUCUUACAUAAAGGCAGAGCAGGACAGGAUGCACAAGGAGAAGCUAUUGGAGCAGGAGGAGAGGAUGGCAAAAGAACUGGCCCGUAUAAACUAUGAGAAAAUUCGAGAUGAGAAAAUGAGGCAGUGCAUCAAAGCAAACAGUGUGGAGAUUAAGGAGCUAGAGGCAAAGCUGAAAUCAGCUUAUCUAAACAGAGCAAGAGCAGCACAAAUAGCUGAGAAAGAGGCCAUCAGGUUUGAGGCCAUGAAGGAGCAAGCUGACAUUGUGCGCAGGAUGAAGAGUGAAGAAGAGCAAGCCGCAAUAGAGCAGGAGAAGCAGGAGCAGAGGCGCUAUGAGGAAGUGGUUCGCUAUCAGCAGGAACUGGUGAAGCAGCUGGAGGAGAAGGAGAGGAUGAGACAGGAGUCAUAUGAUGAGUUCCUCAAGGAGAAACUCAUGGUGGAUGAAAUUGUGCGAAAGAUAUAUGAGGAAGAUCGCAAAAAGCAUGAGCUCCGGCUUGAAAUGGUCGCGGCCACACAGCGAUACAUUGAAGAGUUCAAAAAUCAGCAGGCUGAGUGGAGGCGCCUGGAAAGAGAGAAAAUGGAGGAGGAGAACCGGCGAAUUUUGGAGUAUGCUAAAUACCAGGAGAGGAAAGAAGAGGACAGGAUGUCUAGUGUUAGACAGAGAGACACAAUUAAAGAGAAACUUCAAAAGUUUCUGACUGAGAAGAUUGAAAAUGAGCAGAAGCACCGUGAAGAGAUAGAGCAUGCCCGUGAUCUGCUUUGUCUUGAGGAGCAGGCAGAGGCUGACAGACAGAAAGAAAUUGAAGAGAUGGAGCGGAGAAUCCGGCAGAGGCUGGAGCUGCAGCAGUCCUGCCAGGAACAGUUGGCCUUCAAACAACUGCGCCUUCAGGCUGAAAAGGAGGAGGAGGAAGCUUUCAGGCUCACGAUGCUGGCCAAGUUUGCUGAAGAUGACCGUAUUGAGCAGAUGAACGCUCAGAAGCGGCGCAUGAAACAGCAGGAGCACAAACGUGCUGUGGAGAAGCUAAUGGAGGAGAGGAAACAGAAAUACCUGGCUGAUAAGGAGAGAGAGGCAGAGGAGCGAGCAAUUGAACAGGAGAGAGAAACUCAGCGUCGAGAGAUUAUUGAGGAGGAGAGACUGAAGCUCCUCAGGCUUCACGCUACAAAGCUGUUAGGGUACCUACCAAAGGGAAUUUUUAGGGAGGAUGAUUUGGAGCAUUUUGGUGAAGACUUCAAGAGCAGUUUCCGGGCGUUCGACAAGAGCUGUGGAGAGGAUGAGCAAUAACGCUGAUCUACUUGUGACCACUAGAUGGCAGACAUAAAUGAUUUUACAAGUAGUUUAUUACUAGUUCUAAGCGAAGAGCUUUUUACAUUUUAAAAUCACAUAGUUGAAUAAACAAUAAAUAUACAAAAAACACCCUGAAUUAGGAUGCUUGUAUUAGAAAUAAUUUACAUAUUUAAAAUCAGCAUUGAAACCAUCUCAGGUUUGCUCUUAUUCUUUGAGGAAAUUCUUUUUUCUAAGCUAUUGUUUUUAACCAUUUGACUUUUUUGUGACUACCUUUUUAAUAAUCUAGUGCAAUAUUUUGAAAUUAUAUAGACUAAAUUUCACUACAUGGGAAAUAAAAGAUGAAUAAAAAGUAAAAGGGAUUAGAGAUUGUAAUACACUUAUACUGUAUGGAUCUUCUUGUUUCUAUUAAGGUGCCGUUCGAGUGUAUGUGCCUUUAUUUUGUCCAAGGAGCUUAGCAUUUAAUAUAUAUGCAUUUUUAAUCUUUUUCCUCUUCAGAAAUUCAUAAGCUUACUAAUACAUUUAACAGAAAAUUAAUCCAGUAAGCAAUCAGACCAUUUAGAGAUUCUGCUUAUAACUAAUACAGGAAGUAAAUAAUUAAGAAAUGACACAAUUUGCAGUUUACAAUUUUGCAUGAACAGCUAUACUCUUAAUUAUGGCUGUCGAAUAUAAUGUCGUGGAACAUCCACAAGUCCUCUGAAGACUCAGAAACCUUCCUGACUGUUAAACCAAGCUCAGACACUGGAGAACUCUUCCAUAAAUUUGAAAUAAAUAUCACCUUAUUAAAAAUGUCA